AUGAUUUCUGCAAGGACUGUGGAAAACAAGUUUACCUCGGUAUUUAAGAAAUUAUACGUAGCAUUGAAAUCCCAUUCUAUUUCAAUAUGUGGAUUUGAUACUGCAUAUGUUGCUGCUAGGGCAUAUGAUCGGGCUGCUAUAAAAUUUCGUGGUGUUAAUGCUGAUAUUAAUUUCAAUAUAAGUGAUUACGAGGAUGACUUGAAUCAGAUAAAAAACUUGACCAAGGAAGAGUUUGUGCAUAUACUUCGUCGUCAAAGCACUGGAUUCUCAAGAGGAAGCUCAAAGUAUAGAGGUGUUACCUUACACAAAUAUGGUCGUUGGGAAGCUCGAAUGGGCCAAUUUCUUGGGAAAAAAUAUAUCUAUCUUGGAUUGUUCGAUAGUAAAGGAUCUUCUAAAAUGCAUUGCGAACAAUACGAGGAUAAUAAUCAAAAAUAUGAAGAUGCUCAGAAAAAGAAUGUAGAGUUUCAACAGAAAAAUGUGGAUGUUCAAGCAAAGUUUGAACAACAACUUGCACAAGCAAUAAAUGUCAUUAACACGUUGAGUGAACAGUUUCUAUAG